CACUUUUGCUCUUGUAACCGUGUUAGUGGCGACAAUUAUGUAAGGAAAGACCAUAGACCAGAACUUAAGUGAAAGUUUAUCUUAAUAUGAUUUGAUUCUGGGUUCUGAAGCCAAGUAAACAUGUUGCGAGUUGCAGUGCUUGUAUUUUUCCUACACUUUGCAUGCGGUGUUAUAAAGCAUCCUGAUUAUGUGAAAACGUGCUAUAAGAAAGAUCCUGAAUUUAUUAAUUGUUCCACACACGCUGUACAAGCGCUGUUCGAUGCUAUUCCCCCUGGACAACCUGAUAUUGGAUUAGCACCUCUGGAUCCCCUAAAAGUCCCAAGGCUUAACAUCCUCCAAGGCGGCGGAGGUCCUGUAACCGUAAACGCCUCCUUGAGCAACGUCACCGUCGUGGGUUUUGGCAAGACCCAGGUGCUUUACAACAGCGUGGAUCCCGUUACAUACGAUUUCCUCACGAAGCUGAGACUCGAAAGGCUGCGAAUAGAUGGCCUGUACGAGCUUUUAGGCCGCAUCUUGGUCAUUCCUCUACGGGGGAAAGGAAGCUGUUGGUUCGAUGCCAAAAAUCUGGAUAUUGUGGCCAAAAGUGACGUCACUUUGGAGAAAAGAGAGGGGUUUCAUUUCUACAACGUGACGGCGAUACAUGUGAAGUUCAGCAUAGGGGGGCUAAAGCUUCACAUGUAUAAUUUAUUCGAUGGUAUUAAAGCGUUAGAGGACUCCACGAACCAAUACCUCAACGCCAAUUGGAGACCGGUUGCGGACUCUUUAAAUCCCAUUCUGUCAAAAACCAUAGAAGACAUAAUGAUAGGAAUUUUAAAAACCGUGUUUGACAAUAUCCCAGCGGAUUACUUUAUAGGAGACAUCGAAGAUUGAAGAUCUUGUGAUCACUUAGAGGGUUAAAUUUAGAAAAUCGACACACUUUCCUACGCUGCUGAAUAUUUCCAGCAACAUAAACAAAUUUAAACUUAGAACGUCGAUGAAUCACCGCAGGAUCAUGCAUUUAAUAAGUUUUUUACCAAAAAACUCACCCCAUUUUUAAUACUCUAGUAUUAUUUAUUAGUUACCAUAAACAACACGUGCAUUUUGUAAUAAAAACGUGAAACUA